AUGCUUGUUAACUUUAAGCUAAAAGAAAUGCAAACUCCGGAAUUAUCCUUCUCUUUCCUAACACAAGCAAUUGAAAAGCAUAUGAAAGAGCGCUCAUGCUUGGAAGCCCGGCUUAAGGAAAUUGAAAACAAAUCUUCCGUCGCUGAAAAAGAACUCAAAACAGUUGAGAAGGAGCAUUCGGAAGUUAAAAUGCAAAGUGCAGUACUUCGAGAAAGGAAACAACUCCUUAUCAACAAACUCCAAAUCUUGAAUGCUAAAAACGACAAACUACAAAAAACAUUCGUCCAAAAUCAGGAAUCAGAACGCGAACUCGAAGGCAAAGUAACUAAAUGCAAAGCUCAAAUGAAUUCAGUACGGAGCCAAUUCAACGGAGAAUACCUAAAACUGCAAAAUCCCAUUUUCACUGAACUCAGUAUUCCUGAAACUAAGGAUUUUGAACUUCCAGAUAUAGAUAUAGAAGCUCUACAAGUCAACUAUCAGGCCAUUCAGCAAAGUAUCUGA